AUGAUCGUAGGCGCGCCCCUUCCGGCGUUUCGUGCUGCAAGGGUGAAUACUGCUGCUGCUGCUGCUGCUGCUGCUUCGCGUGCAGCAGCAGCAGCAGCUGUUGGCAGCCGCCAUAUGAGUUGCUUUUUCUCUCCUUCCAUCCUGAGAGCAGCUCGGGGUGCAUCAUGGAUGGGCGGGCUGCGUGCAUGCAACGGCAGCAGCAGCAGCAACUGCAGCAGCAGCCCUGCUGCUGUAUCCGUAUCAAAGCGGCUGUUUGCGACGGAAUCUUUCCCCCAGGGGCUGGAGAGGGGCACAAAGGACUCGACUAACAUCCCCGUAGGUGGUGAGAACCUCUACAGAAGAGUUGGCGGCCCCGGCUACCCCAUGCUCUUUGACGUUAAGUACGAUAGACCCACCUGGCAGCCUCUGUGGGAAGAUGAACACGAAGUAAUACCCAGAGACGGGUUCGGGUAA